AAAAGAACUCUUAUAUACCAACUUGUACAUUACAAAAUUAAUUAUAGCCUCUCACACUCUUUCACACCCUCCACAUAUAUAUCAAUGUAACACUUUAACUUCACAAAACUAAUCUUAAGUUUUUUGAGAGCAAAAUACAAGAAAAACCAUAGUUAUAUUUAUUUUAUAAUUUUAUUAUAUAGUUUCAAAAUGCCUUCACCUAUUCAGCUUCAAAGAUUCAACACUAACACCGAAACAGCCUCCGUUAAUUUCAUAGCUAACGGCGUUAACUGUCCAAAACAAAUCCAACAAACGCGUCGUUACGCGCUUUCAACGGAAAAAAUAACCGUUUCCGAUACGGUUGCGAAUCACCACACACACGUGGUGGGACCACACCAGUGUUACUCCGUCGUGAUCCAAACCAUCAACGCCUCCGUUUCAACCGUUUGGUCCGUCGUUAGACGAUUUGAUAAUCCACAAGGAUACAAAAACUUUGUGAAAAGCUGCAACGUCGUCGCCGGCGAUGGCAUUCGUGUCGGUGCUCUCCGUGAAGUCCGGUUGGUUUCCGGUUUACCUGCUGUUUCGAGUACGGAGCGGUUAGAUAUACUUGAUGAAGAACGCCAUGUCAUCAGUUUCAGUGUUGUUGGUGGUGUUCAUCGGUGUAGGAAUUAUCGAUCGGUGACGACGCUUCACGGUGACGGUAAUGGAGGAACGGUUGUUAUUGAAUCUUAUGUUGUUGAUGUACCGUGUGGUAACACAAAGGAAGAAACGUGUAGUUUUGUUGAUACCAUUGUUCGGUGUAAUUUGCAGUCACUUGCUCAAAUCGCUGAAAAACUCUGAUGGAGUGUACUCCUCUCAACGUCUUUUAUAUUCAAUGAUUUGUGUUGGUCUCAAUAUCAUUGUGUUGAGUCAGUCUAUACAAAACUUGGUUCUAACGUGUCGAGUUCGUUGAUGGAUUGUUGAAAUGGUCCUCCAGCUAAUUGGUAGAUGAUCUUCAGAUAGUCGGUUUUUAAGCUGGAUACUGAGUUUUUUACUUCCCGGGUUUUUGUUUCUAAUACGGGUUUUGAGUUAUGAAUCAUAUGUAAUUAUGUAAUUACUAAGCCCGUGUUGGAAAUUGGGGGGUGGGGGUAGUAGAUAAACCAGUAAGGUUUUUUUUUUUUUUUGGAAGAUUAGAAGAAAACUGCAAUGGUAGAAUGUGUUAUAUUUUAAUGUUAUAUCAUAUCCUAUAAUGAUAUAAUGUUGAUGUAUAUAUUUUGUUCUAUUAUGUAGUUUUUUAAAUCUUUUAUUUAUAUUUUACCGUUCAUUUCGAUCGAUGAAUGAGUAAUGUUCGUUUAUUUGUUAAUUUGUAGCAAGUAGAGUUGAUUAUAUGAAUUAACAUCAUUCUUGUAUUACUUA